UAGAUAGAUAGAUAGAUUAUCCAAUAACUAGUAGUAACACAGAAUCGAGAUACAACAAUAACAAUAAUAUUAUUAAUAAUGCGUAAUUCUUUCUUCAUCUUCUCCCUCAUUUCACUACUAUCUUCCGCCGCCGCCGCCGUCGAUCUAAAUGACGAUAUUUUGGGUCUCAUCGUCUUCAAAUCCGACCUCCAAGAUCCUCAAUCCCUUCUCCAAUCAUGGAACGAAGACGAUUCCACUCCCUGUUCAUGGCAAUUCAUCAAAUGCAACCCAUCCACCGGAAAAGUCACCGACAUAACUCUCCACGGCCUCGGCUUCUCCGGCAAAAUUGGUCGAGGCCUCCUCAAUCUUCAAUCACUCAAGGUGCUAACUCUCUCCUCCAACAAUUUCACCGGCACCAUUUCCGGUAUACUUCCCGCCAGUUUAGUCAGCCUUGAUCUCAGCAACAAUGGGUUCUCCGGCGUUAUCCCUGAUUCCUUCUUAUCAAACAUGAACUCUCUUCAAUUUCUCGACCUGUCUCAUAAUUCAUUCUCUGGUCCAAUUCCCAAUGAUUUCUUCCAUAACUCAUGUUCAUCCCUUUUGUUUCUUUCAUUAGCUGCCAAUACUUUUGAAGGCCCGAUUCCAGGUAGUAUCAAGGAAUGUACAACGCUAAACAGUCUUAAUCUCUCCCGGAAUCAUUUCUCCGGUAACCCAGAAUUUGUUGGUGGGAUUUGGUCACUUUCCAGGCUUAGAUUAUUAGAUCUUUCUGAAAAUGAUUUAUCUGGUGAAAUCCCUGUUGGGUUAUCCUCUGUUCAAUACCUGAAGGAGUUCCGUCUUCAAAAGAAUCGAUUCUCCGGCACCAUUCCUGCCGAUAUUGGAUUAUGUUCCCAUCUAACCGGACUGGAUUUGAGUUAUAAUUUUCUCACCGGAGCUCCGUCUGAAUCAAUCGGGAGGCUAACUGGGUCGUUGAAUUUCUUCUCUCUAUCAAACAAUAUGUUGACAGGUGAGUUCCCUCAAUGGAUUAGCAACUUUGGGAAUCUUCAAUACUUGGAUUUAUCUAACAAUGGCUUCACCGGAGUUCUCCCGCUGACAAUCGGUGAAAUGAAGCAGUUAUCUUAUUUGGGUAUAUCCAGUAACAAAAUCUCCGGCGGUAUUCCAAUCUCAUUGAUGAACUCCAACCAAUUAACGGUGCUGAAAUUGAGAGACAAUCUCUUAAAUGGAAGUAUACCAGAAGGUUUAUUUAAUCUGGGUUUGAAUGAAAUCGAUUUUUCAGGCAAUCAAUUAUCCGGGCAAAUACCGGCGCCUGGUUCCAGCAAACUGAUAGAGUCUCUCCAGCGAUUGGAUCUAUCGAGGAAUAAUCUGUCGGGGAAUAUUCCGGCGGAAAUUGGGCUUUUCUCAAAGCUGAAUUACUUGAAUCUAUCAUGGAACGGUGAACUUCGGUCGAGAAUCCCGCCGGAGCUUGGAUUUUUUCAGAAUCUAAUUGUGUUGGAUCUGAGGAACAAUGCCUUUUAUGGGUCCAUCCCGGAUGACAUUUGUGAUUCCGGCAGCUUGCAGGUUCUUCAAUUGGAUGGGAAUUCAUUAACUGGACCAAUUCCUCAAGAGAUUGGCAAUAAUUGUUCUUCCCUUUCUCUCCUGACUCUGUCACACAACAACUUGACCGGUCCCGUCCCGAAAUCAAUGGGAAAUCUUACCAAACUCAAGAUUCUCAAGCUGGAAUUCAACAAACUCGCCGGUGAAAUCCCACAGGAGCUCGGAAAACUAGAAAACCUCCUCGCUGUCAACAUCUCCUACAACCUCCUCGUCGGCCGUCUCCCUUUCGGCAACGUUUUCCAAAACCUAGACCAAUCCGCACUUGAAGGAAACAUGGGUAUUUGUUCUCCUCUGUUAAAAGGCACAUGUAUAAUGAACGUUCCAAAGCCUUUAGUUCUUGACCCAUACGCCUACGGUCCCGGCGACCACUCCGGUCACAAGAACAGAGGAGAUAGCUUCCGGAGUUCUUCAUAUCACCGUCGCAGGUUCUUCAGUGUUUCCGCCAUUCUAGCCAUCUCGGCUUCAUUACUAAUCUUCCUCGGGGUUUUUGUCGUGACACUUCUGAAUGUGUCGGCAAGGCGGAGGAUGUCGUUUGUUGGCAAUGCUUUGGAAGGCUCAUGUUCCUCCGGCAGCUCCACAUUUCAUUCCGGCAGCCCAUUGCCUGCAACAGGGAAACUUGUACUCUUGAACUCUAAAUCUUCAGGCCAAGGUUUUUUGCCCAAAGACAAUAGCUUUAUCAACAAGUCGGCAGAAAUUGGAAGUGGGAUAUUCGGGAGCGUUUACAAGGCAACGUUUGGUUCCUCCGGGGAAGAAUUAGUCGCGAUAAAAAAACUCAUCCCAUCAGACAUUACACCGUACCAAGAAGAAUUUGAUCGCCACGUUCGAGUACUCGCAAAGGCCAAGCACCCGAAUUUAGUUACACUAAGAGGCUACUACUGGACCCCGGAGUUGCAACUUCUAGUUUCAGACUUCAUUCCAAACGGAACUUUACAGGGAGCCCUUCAUGACAGGGUCGUCCCGCCAUUACAAUGGAGGGAUCGAUUCAAUAUCAUGAUAGGGGUUGGGAGGGGUCUCGCCCACUUGCAUCACUCUUUCCGCCCUCCCAUCAUUCACUACAAUGUGAAACCAACAAACAUUUUACUAGACAUGUAUAUGAAUCCAAAGAUAUCUGAUUUUGGACUCGCGAGGCUCCUAAACAAGCCCGACAAACAUGCAGCCGACAAUCGGUUCCAAUGCACGUCGGGAUACAACGCCCCGGAGAUGGCAUGCAAGAGCCUUAGAGUUAAUGAGAAGUGCGACGUUUACAGUUUUGGGGUAACCAUGCUGGAGGUGGUGACCGGGCGACGACCAAUGGAGUAUGGGGAGGACAAUGUUGUGAUCUUAACGGAGCGUGUGAAGGCGAUGUUGGAAAGAGGCAACUUAUUGGAAUGCGUGGACGAGACCAUGGAUGAGUAUCCGGUACAAGAGGUGUUGCCUGUGCUGAAGUUGGCUCUAGUUUGUGCAUCACAAAUACCUUCUAGUAGGCCUUCCAUGGAGGAAGUUGUCCAAAUUCUUCAUGUGAUUAAGACCCCUCUUCCACAAAGGAUGGAAGUAUUUUAAGUUCCAAUUUCAAUUCAUUUUGAGAUUUUAGUUAGGUUUAAUUGUGUAUCAUGUGUUACAAACUUCUCUAUUUAUCUAAACUUUGGCUCCUUAAUUGUAUUAUGUUGUUACAAUUUGUCUUUUUGGUGAA